CAGGAAGCGUCGUCAGCUGCUCGUACUGCGUCUGCGCAGUUCCGCCGAGCAUGCGCAUUAAGGGUAAGUUUGGAAGAGGUUCCUGGAAGAGCCUAGGUCAGGAGUGGCCACGCCGGCUUUCGUGUCUCUUCGUGGCGGGGGCUUGGAGGUUUGAGGUUCAUCACAUAUAUAGUACUCCAAGGUUGUCUACUUAUUGAUUUGACUUGAAACUGUCACUGAAAGCAGCCUGGAAUUCAGGAUCAAGGAGAAACUGAAGGAUGCCUAAAAAGAAGACAGGCGCUCGCAAGAAGGCUGAGAAUCGUAAAGAACGUGAGAAACAAAUUAGAGCCUCAAGGGGCAAUAUUGAUCUGGCAAAACAUCCCUGCAAUGCUUCAAUGGAAUGUGACAAAUGCCAAAGACGGCAGAAGAAUAGAGCUUUUUGCUACUUUUGUAGUUCUGUUCAAAAGCUGCCCCUCUGUGCUCAGUGUGGGAAGACCAAGUGUAUGAUGAAAUCCUCAGACUGUGUCAUAAAACAUGCUGGCGUAUACAGCACUGGACUUGCAAUGGUGGGAGCAAUAUGUGAUUUCUGUGAAGCUUGGGUUUGCCAUGGCAGGAAAUGCCUCAGUACCCAUGCUUGUAUCUGUCCUCUUGCUGAUGCAGAAUGCAUUGAGUGUGAGAGAGGGGUCUGGGACCAUGGUGGGAGAAUAUUCAGCUGCUCUUUUUGCCAUAAUUUCCUCUGUGAAGAUGAUCAGUUUGAACACCAGGCUAGCUGCCAAGUUUUGGAAGCUGAGACCUUUAAAUGUGUUUCCUGUAAUCGACUUGGGCAGCAUUCAUGCCUCCGCUGUAAGGCUUGUUUCUGUGAUGACCAUACACGGAGCAAGGUUUUCAAACAUGAAAAGGGAAAAGAGCCUCCUUGCCCAAAGUGUGGACAUGAAACACAGCAGACCAAGGACCUCAGCAUGUCAACACGGUCUCUGAGGUUUGGCCGUCAAACAGGAGGUGAAGAUACUGAUGGGGCUUCUGGCUAUGAUGCCUAUUGGAAGAACCUUGCAGCUGGGAAAGAUACAGGCGAUCAUGAUGAGGAAUAUGAUGAAUGUGAAGCAGAUGAGGAUGAAGAUGAUGAUAACGAGGAAGGAGAGAAGGAUUCGGAAACAGAAGUGACUGAUGUGUUCAGUAACUUGCAUUUGGGAAGGACCUAUGCUAGUGGUUAUGCUCACUACGAAGAGCCUGAUGACUAAGUACCCGGAACAGGAAAUAAGUUCCUGGAAUAUAGUAGCUCAGUUUCUGGAAAGACAUGAUCAGGGUUGGGCUGCCAGUUAUGCUUUUAUAGUGGGAUAAUAUUUGAAAGGAAUUCUAUGUGUGCUUAGUGAGUUCUAUGUUGGUACUGGAAUAAUUUCAUUAGGCCUUCAAAUAGUAAAACUUACUAGGAAUCAAAGGGAAUGAAGCAUUUCCAGGAGAUCAAGAAAACAUUUCUACAGCUAAUAUAUUUUAGUAGGUUCAAUGAAUAAAAUGAGAAUGAGUGCAGAAAUCUUAACGUUUUUUCCCAGAGCUGAGAAAAUAAAUUUUUAUACCACGUCCCAGAAUCCAUAAACCUGCAGGGCUGCUGACCAUGGUAGCUGAAAAAUUCUGAAAAUUUUAGUUCAAAGCUAACUCUUUCAAGCCUUGAUUUUCUUUGUAGCAUAAGUCAUAAAUGUGAGGAGGCUAAGCCGUUUUCCUUUCCAUAAAUUCAUCAGAAACAUUUUUGAGUAAUUUUGGUGUGGUGGUCCUAUAAUAAUUAUGUUAUCAAUUAUAAGUAUUUGUGGUGAUGGCAACUACUAUUUCAUUUAUAUAUGUGUAUGUAGAUGUGUACAGAUGCACACACACAUAUAUAUAUACAUAUCUAUAGCAAGCUGUCUCUUGUUGAAACUGUAUUUUCCCCCAUAAUAUUGAUCCUGCUUGAGCGCUUGGGAAAUGCUUACUACAAGGUAUUGUGCUCCAAAUAAAAAGUGAAAUUAAAGUUACUUUGACAUUUUGUGUAAGCAAAACUGAUCAAUACUUCUUCUUGCAUUGCUCUUCUGGAGCACUGUGAGUUCAUGCCUUUUUAUAAACACUGUACAUUCAUUGUAACUUGCUGUGUGGCUUGCAUAAACUUUUGACCUUAUAUUUAUUUCCAUAAAAAUGUCACUGCAUCCUCCUUCAUUAAAUAAAGUCUCUCACAAUCUUUCA